AUGCCCGAGAAGAUAUCUGUCAGCUUCUGCCUUGCCUCGUCUCCUAAGCCUUUGAGCAGCCCCGCAGAAUUAAAGAGACAAGGCAAGAUGCUCGCGAACGACUACCGGCCUAAGGACGCACCAGACACCGGAAUCGGUCUGCUAAUAGGUUCUGACUAUAUGUGGCAAACAAUCACCGGUGAAGUUGUGCGAUGUCCAGACGUGCCAGGUCUGGUGGCAAUGGAGACAAUAUUUGGUUGGACGGUACAAGGACCUAUCAGUCAGAAGACCCUUUUGGACUGUGGCACUCACCUGCUUGUCAGUGUCUUGCGUGUGGAUGCAACCGAAGAGGAAUCGACUGCAGGAAUUCUACAGUCUUUCUGGCGACUCGAGUCUAUGGGCAUUACUGACUCCAAUGAAUGUCUCGCUGACCGGAACAUUCUACAGUUUAAGGAGACCGUUAGGAAGUCAGGCGGCCGGUACUCGGUGGCCCUACCAUGGAAAGAAGAUCGCAAGCAUCUUCUAGGCGACAAUCGGGACACAGCAAUUAACCGGCUCCAUAAGCUCGUCAGAGGACUCUCGCAGCAUGAUGGCCUAAUGGAGAAAUACGACACGACCAUACGUCAAUACUGGCAAAUGGGACAUGCUGAAGUGGUGCCGGAGCGACAAUCUGAUAAUGCCGUGUACUACAUGCCGCAUCGCGAGGUUGUACGAGAAGACUCACUCACCACGAAACUGCGAGUAGUGUUCGACGCCUCGUCCCAUGAAAAGGGAUAUAUGUCACUGAACGACUGUUUGGACAAAGGUACAAACCUGAACCCGGAUCUGCUUCGAGUGUUGCUUCGUUUUCGACGCCACCCGAUAGCCAUCAACGCCGACAUCGAGAAAGCUUUCCUGCAGAUAGAAAUACAGGAAUCGGAUCGAGAUGUAUUUCGGUUUCUAUGGUUCGAGAACGUGCCCCGUGGUGAAAACGACAACAUUAUCGAAUGGCGAAUGACACGUGUGCCAUUCGGGUCGACAUCAAGCCCUUUUCUGCUGAUGGCAACGAUACACCACCACCUGGACAACGUAAGCAGUGAGCAAAAAACAUUGGCCCGGACGCUGAAGCAGAGUUUCUACGUGGAUGACCUGCUCGUAGGAGCCGACAGUUUUGACGAAGGCUUAGACGUGUACGAGAAGGCAAAGUCGAUUUUGGAAGGCGCUGCGAUGAACCUUCGGAAGUGGAAGACAAACAACGCUCAACUCCAGGAAGUGUUCUCGAAAAGCGAAGAGUGCCUGGAAGGAUUGGACAGUACUUCAGCAACGAUUCUAGGGAUGCACUGGAACACCGAAGAUGAUUACUUGAAGGACAACUUCAUCUGCGCGGACGCCUACAGAGAGCUCAACUUUCAAUUCAAGAAAAACAUCCACUGCCGACAAGGCGUCGUCCGUGGCCGAGUGAGCUUAUUGCUCACGUUCGGAGCGCGUCCUAUCCAGCCCCCUCCACCACACCAGCAGCCUCUGGACGUGCAUUUGGAGCUGGACAACCUAAGCAAAAGGUGA